ACAACAUUCAAUUUUGAUAUAAGGCUUACUUUCGGUUACUCCUUAGGUUAAAAAUUAGUCUUAACCCCAGGGCCUGUAAAAUGCACCUAACAUCACAAUCGAAUUUAAGAGUUGAUCUGGAACUCUUAAAUCCGAUUGUGAUGUUAGGUACAUUUUACAGGGGUCAAAACCAAACCCACAUCACUUCUCUCUUACAUCUAAAGCUGUCUGCCAAUAUAGACCACAGCAUGUCCACAGCCAAAGGUACAAAAAUAGAAAGUCCUGUGCAGUAUCAAGGUCGGCCACCAUGAGGACUAAACGUAAACCUGACCGUCGGUCAGCAACACUUACCAAAUAUCAUUGCAAUCGCUUGAAAUGUGGACUCUGGAGCACGCACACACACGCACACGCACAUACCGCUAUUUUCAAGGAGGUGAUGAGCUUUUCCAGUUUAUACAGAGAGGCUAGAAUGUAAGAAUGAUGAUGGUCUGACGAACAUAGUGUUUGCUCCUUAUUUAUCUGUUUUGAAACAGAGCAUUGAGUAACUUUUUAUUCCAAAUUUUGUAUGUGUUGCAUUCAGCUAUGGUGUGCUGCUGUGGGAGAUUGCAACAAGAAGGAGGCCAUAUGACGAAUACACAACGCAUCUCCCGUUUGCUGUUUGGGCCACUGAGAAGAAGGGACUGCGCCCUGACAUGACGAUGGUCCCAGUAGAUCUACCGUACGUGGGCAACGUCAGCCAUUUGAUGCAAAAAUGUUGGAGCCAAAAUCCAGAAGACAGGCCUUCAUUCGAUGAGUGCGAAGAACAACUACGCGAUGUGAACAGCAAAUCCAGCAAAGAGGACAUUCUCGACGCCAUUACCUACGUAAAGAUGCAUACGACGACUACCAAAGCAAAAGGCGCCGGCAGCACGUUCGAAGGAAGUGAGGAAUUCCCGUCGCCGACUUCUAUGCCUACCGCUUUCAAAGCUCCACAGGCUCGAAGUGAACCCCUUUUGACAGCUGAGGCGUCAUAUGCAUUUGAUGCCUACAUUUGCUACUGCACAGAGGACAGAGAUUUUGUAAUGCAAAUGGAGGAAAAGCUGGAGAACCCACCGUUUGGCACUGGUAAAAAAGGCCUCAGGCUGUGGUACGCUGAACGAGACGCUCUACCGGCCAUGCCAAUCUACGACACCGUACGAGAAGGCAUUGCGAGAUCCAGGCACGUGGUCCUUGUGCUCACACCAGAGGCCCUGAUAAGUCGGAAGUGUACGUUUGAAAUGGAAUAUGCUGCAACUUUACCCCCAGAAGCAAGACGGCAGAAAGUGAUAACAGUUAUGUACAAGCCAACGGACCUUCCCUCAUGGUUGAAGUCCAUGACCAUCCUCGACUAUGCCAAAGAGGAGAGAGUCAGGAAAGAUUGGUUCUGGGUUAAACUAGCAAAAGCCAUCUCCAACCAGUAGACAAACAUUCCAUCUGGUUUAAACAUUAAUGUACCACUAGUGUGCUCACAGUUGACUAUUCUUAAAUCAUUUGAAGGGUGCCUUGAUUUUUGUACAAGUAUAUACAUGUGUCACACUCACUCUCUCCGGUUUAGUGUCUGUUGUUCCCCGUCUUACAAGGGUUGUGAGUUGCAGGAUGUAUAUAUGAAGACAAUCCAAAACCUGUUCCUAACCUCUAAUUCAUCAGCAACAUGAUGGUUCAUGUAUGUGACACAAACGAAAGGUAUAUAGAUUAGCCUACUCCACAAAAUAUGAAACAGAAAACCGAUGUUGAUAAUUGUUUCCUUCAUAUUGUAUGUUUAACAUCAGCAGAUGGAGCAUUACACUUUUUGGUUUGAACAAAUACAAUGUAUGUCAUGCCUUAACAUGUCGCUAUGGUUUAAAGUAUAUGACAUUCAUUCAGAAUGUUCAUCUAAUACAUGUAUAUAGUGUGAUGUUCUAAGGUCUUCCAUCUGGCCGUAUUGCUGUGCACAGAACUGCCAGUUGUGAUCCUGAUCUGAGUCAGUCUGUAGACUUUAAGAUCUUAAAAAAGAACUUUUUAACUUCAAUGUACAUGUAUGUCACUUUGAAUGGACUGGAAAAUGAAACUCAGUAGUCAUACAAAUGUAACUCCGAGACCAAACUGACAAAUUCUUUCAUCUUAAUUGUGAUGUCCUUCACAAGAGACUGUGAUCCUUACCAUAGCAUGGAAUUGGAAAUUCUGUCAAAUUGGCAAUCCUAUCCAACAUACAUGUACACUGUAUAUAUAUCAUUGUUCACUUUACUAUAAUGGUGUAAAG